AUGAACCAGCCAGGACAACAAACUGCCAAUGCUGGUGGGGGUGGUGGUAGCUUUAUACCUGCACCACGACAGGAUAUGGAAUACAUUUGCGCAGAUUGUGGUGCUAAAAAUGAAAUCAAGUCUAGGGAACCGAUACGUUGUCGCGAGUGUGGUCAUCGUAUCAUGUACAAGAAACGAACAAAGCGGAGUGCGUAUUCGUUGCUCUUGAAACCAGAAACCAAGCAACUGUUGACCUUUUUCCAAUAG